AUGGACACACCGGUUCAUUUAGAAUGCCAACUCAGUUGCACCAACUUCCAAACUUGCAACAAAGUCGGAGCAUUUCCGUGUACCCGCGGCUGUGCCUUGGUGGCUUAUUGCAGUGUCAUGUGCGAAGACGCUCACUGGCCAGAGCACAAGAAGGACUGCGAAGCCCUGUUGGUCAAAGACGGAUGGCAUCCUGGGUAUGAGACUGAGGGCCGCAAGAAUUCAUUCGUGGAUUGGACCACGGUCGAUCCUGCUCCUCCGCCUCUUCCUCUGAUGGAGGACAAAAGGCUUCUCUGGGGCGGCACACUAGCGGCUGACGUUCUCAACGUGGAAAACAACGAGGCCCUGGAUGCCGACGAUGAAUAUUUGUCUUUACUUUUUACUGGCAAGGCAACCGUAGAGUGGGUGGUUGUUGAUGAUUCCGGUGACUUGCGCCAUCUUUUUCGGACAAUAGCUAGACUACCGCCCCGGUCCCAUUGGUUCGUGGAUGUCACGAUCAACACUGAGAGGAUUGCUUUCCUUUCACGAAACGUGAUAGUGGGUUUGUGCGCUCUUGACGCCACACAGUCGGCGCAAGGCCACGACCAAGCAGAUAUGUCUAGGACCAUUGAUACCAUUAUACAUGUCUGGUAUUCAGCUUUUUUGACUCGAGACAUUGUGCAAUAUCUGGAAGAAAAGAUUCAGCCCUUGUUGGAGCAAGUUCGUCACCACUUGGACGGCAAAGCUCUCGAUACCGUUCUCGACCACACGUGGGAAUUUUCUGGAGGCAGCUAUCUUCGUCUGUCCCUCCCAGUAGUACGCUGGAACUAUGUCAUUAACUCAUUAAAAACCCCCCCUAAGCUCCGCUAUCACGUCGCAAAGGCCCGAAUGCAACAUGUCACUCUGGAUCCAUACAGACACGAAGCCCGAGAAUAUCAUUAUUCCAAGAUGACGGGCUCUCCGCAUUUGCGCAUGGUAUAUCAGAGGUUCCUUGAAGACGGGAUGCUUUUGCCUUUUGGGCAUUCACGCCUUGAUUUUGUCUACCCAAAUGGCGCCCUGUUUCCAGAGAUUCUCAAGUACAGAUAUGCUGAGAGUGGUAGUCCUCUUGCUGCAUGGGGCGUCUUGGACGUGAACAAGAUGCCGUGGGCUGCCGAAAACGAUUUGUACGGGAAGCUUUACUGCUUUCUUAGGGGCGUGAUUGGGAAUUUCCUUCAAUGGCUAGGGCCAAACGACAUCGGGCUGUCGUUUUUCAAUGUUGCCAUUCGAGCGCUUCCUCGUCACCUGGAUAGGAGAAAGUAUGAUCGAAUAGAGGUGUCGAAUGUGUGCGGCAGAGAAGAAUUGAGCAUUCGAGACACGUUUCAACUCUUCUCUGGGCACCUGAUGGACCCAGCAGAUAAUCCUCAUGCCACUCUAAUGACGUGGUUCGUCAACGCAGCAAAGGAGCCGAAAGAUGCCCGAGGCAAUGCACAAAGUCUGUUUACCACCUUUCAACUCCAGUUAUUAUACAAUAAUUUCGAUACAAAAGCCACAACCACCCACCAGCUUUUCACUCUGGUGAACGUGCCUAGACUUAUUGACAAAUACUUUAUUGAGUAUAUGAAUACACGUGAAUUUGAGCAGAUUGCUCGCGAGUCUGGGAUGGAGAUGAAGUCGGAGAAUACCGUUGUGGACAAGUGGCCCGCGAGGCCCAAAAAUAACACAAUGAGUGACCAUUGCCUAUACUUGAGCUCCCCACAUCCACUUAUAGAGCGUUGCGUUGAAUGGCGGAAGAGAAGAUCUUGA